AUGAACCGAUAUGCCAGUCCAAUCAAUCCUGCGGUCUUUCCCCAUCUGACUGUUGUUCUGCUUUCUAUUGGAAUAUUCUUUAUGGCCUGGUUCUUUGUGUAUCCUUUUAAAUGUAGUCUUCAUAAAUUUGCCUACGUAAUGUAACUGCUAUGGUCAGUAGAUCGUACUAAAUACCAUGUACUGUACUCUAGAAAUUUAGAACAGUGCUUCCAUCCACAGUAGCGUAGAAAAGAUGACAAGGAUUCAUAUUGUAAACUCAUCGAGAUAUUCUCCGGUAAUCAAUUUAUCAAUUUAACAGUUGUAGAAUUCAAAACAUAAAUCUUUCGAACUUUGUUGGAUAGGAUCAAUACUUUUGUUAUUAUUAUGAUAUGAACUUGUUUCAAAGGUACACGUAUAUGUAGAAUUGAUUUUCGAACUGAUGUGGUUCGAGUCACCAAAUAACUGUGCCAGGUCCUUUCCGUUUUUUUACUUUUACUGACAGUUCAGUCGAUUCUUUUUUGUCGGAUCCAUGUAACAUUUAAGACAUGUGCAAAAGUAUAAUUUUUGAAGGUAUUUCUUUAACGAUUACUGCAGCUAUGAAGUCACUUCCACCAAGUACAGUAGAGAUAUCUACAAGGAACUGCUGGUCUCAUUAGUGGCAUCUCUAUUUAUGGGAUUUGGAGUGCUUUUCUUGUUACUCUGGGUUGGAAUUUAUGUAUGA